AUGUUGUGCCAACAAAUGAUCAGAACCACAGCCAAGAGAACUAGCAAUAUUAUGACUAGACCCAUUAUCAUGAAAAGAUCAGUACAUUUCAAGGACGGUGUCUAUGAGAACAUUCCAUUCAAAGUCAAAGGUAGAAAGACACCUUACGCUCUUUCUCAUUUUGGAUUUUUCGCUGUUGGAUUUGCUAUCCCAUUUAUUGCCUGUUAUGUUCAGUUGAAAAAGUCUGGUUCUUUUUAA